CCCUCUGAUCCCGUGCGAAAUGGCGGCGGUAGCGGCUUCGCGGAGACUGCGGCAUCUGCGGCUAUUCCGCCCUGUGCCAGCCGCUUGCCAGGCACUCUCUCGUAACUUUCACUUCACAGUUUAUGGGAAGAAAAAUGUCUCUGCCAAAGUAUCUGAUUCAAUUUCAACACAGUAUCCUGUAGUGGACCAUGAAUUUGAUGCAGUGGUGGUGGGUGCAGGUGGUGCGGGUUUGCGAGCUGCAUUCGGCUUAUCUGAGGCUGGAUUUAAUACAGCAUGUGUUUCGAAAUUGUUCCCUACCAGAUCCCACACGGUCGCUGCACAGGGGGGGAUCAAUGCUGCUUUGGGGAAUAUGGAAGAGGAUAACUGGAGAUGGCAUUUCUAUGAUACUGUGAAAGGCUCUGACUGGCUGGGAGACCAGGAUGCAAUUCAUUACAUGACGGAGCAUGCCCCUGCUUCAGUGAUUGAGUUGGAGAACUAUGGGAUGCCAUUUAGCAGGACUGAAGAGGGGAAGAUCUACCAGCGUGCCUUUGGGGGGCAGAGCCUUCAGUUUGGGAAAGGGGGACAAGCGCAUCGAUGCUGUUGUGUGGCUGACAGGACAGGCCACUCUCUGCUGCACACACUCUAUGGCCGGUCUCUCCGAUAUGACACCAGUUACUUUGUGGAAUACUUUGCCCUCGACCUCCUUAUGGAAAAUGGAGAAUGUUGUGGGGUUAUUGCACUUUGUAUAGAAGAUGGCACCAUACAUCGUUUAAGAGCAAAGAACACAAUUAUUGCCACUGGAGGUUAUGGCCGCACGUACUUCAGCUGUACAUCUGCUCACACCUGCACCGGUGAUGGCACAGCAAUGAUCACACGGGCAGGCCUGCCUUGUCAGGAUUUGGAGUUUGUGCAGUUCCAUCCCACAGGGAUCUAUGGAGCUGGCUGCCUUAUUACAGAAGGCUGUCGUGGGGAAGGAGGCAUUCUAAUUAACAGUGAAGGUGAGAGAUUUAUGGAGAGAUAUGCACCAGUUGCCAAAGAUCUAGCUUCGAGGGAUGUCGUGUCUCGUUCUAUGACUAUUGAGAUGCGCGAAGGAAGAGGAUGUGGGCCUGACAAAGACCACGUGUACCUGCAGUUGCACCAUCUGCCACCUCAACAGCUAGCAAUGCGUCUCCCUGGGAUCUCAGAAACCGCAAUGAUAUUUGCUGGCGUGGAUGUCACCAAAGAACCUAUUCCUGUUCUGCCCACUGUGCAUUACAAUAUGGGAGGUGUCCCUACAAACUACAAAGGACAGGUGAUUACACAUGUAAAUGGCAGAGAUCAAAUAGUACCUGGUUUGUAUGCCUGUGGUGAGGCAGCCUCUGCCUCUGUUCAUGGUGCUAACCGUCUUGGAGCAAACUCUCUCUUGGAUUUGGUAGUCUUUGGCCGUGCGUGUGCUCUGAGUAUUGCGGAGUCCUGCAAACCUGGAGAACCAGUUCCAUCAAUUAAACCAAAUGCAGGUGAAGAAUCCGUAGCAAACCUUGACAAACUGCGUUUUGCCAAUGGAAACAUCAGAACAUCAGAACUGAGGCUUAAUAUGCAAAAGACGAUGCAAAGCCAUGCUGCGGUAUUCCGUACAGGCCCCGUUCUACAGGAAGGUUGUGAGAAAAUGAUCAGCCUUUAUAGCGAUUUGGAUGAUCUGAAGACCUUUGACAGAGGUAUUGUCUGGAAUACUGACCUGGUGGAGACUUUAGAACUCCAAAACCUGAUGCUUUGCGCUUUACAAACUAUUUUUGGUGCAGAAGCUAGGAAAGAGUCACGUGGUGCUCAUGCUAGGGAGGAUUAUAAGGUUAGGAUAGAUGAAUAUGACUAUUCUAAACCAACCCAAGGACAACAGAAGAAACCCUUUGAACAGCACUGGAGAAAGCAUACCCUCUCUUACGUUGAUGUCAAGAAUGGGAAGGUUACUCUGGAUUAUAGACCUGUAAUUGACAAAACCCUGAACGAAGAAGACUGUGCUACAGUUCCACCUGCUAUUCGCUCCUAUUAGUGAUUUUAAUUCAACUUACUAUGUUGUCUGGAAGUUUCUUGAUACUGAUGUGAACAUGUUCUUACUAGGCAAGUGGUAUAACACAUUGACUUUUCCAUUGCAACAGAGCCCAGGAAACUCUUUCCUGGCUUUUUGCUUCACGUGUGAUAAACUUGGCAAUGCAGAACUCAUGCCUCAAAGUAAUCUCAAACGGUUUUUGUGUGUGAGUCAACUUCUAGCUUUCUCUGAAUAGUUGGAGCUCUGCACACGAUUUGUAUGUAUUACCUUUAUUUUGUCUCUGCUGUUUAUUUUCUCAAAGUGAAAUGUUAGGGUGAAUGCGCUGUGGUAACCAAAAAAUAUUGUUUCUAUUGUUAAGAAAAACUGCAGCAUUUAGGGCACAGGUGAGCAAACCACCUGGAGCAAUUUGUGGCCCUCCAUGUGUUUUGGCCUACGACUCCCAUCAUUCCUAACCAUUUUGUACUCCAAACUUGUGCUGGGGCUGAUAGGAGUUGGAGGCCAAAGUAUCUGGAAGGCCAUAAAUUGCUCACCCCUGAUUUAGGCAUAAUCCAAUAAAGUUAAAUGUUUAUAUGCCCACUAAAAUUAAAGGGCUUAGGUGCACUUCAGAACUUUAUAACUCUGCCAUCCAUGUUUCAUGCUACUUAUUUAAAAAUCAUAGUUGCUACAACUACAAUAUAUGAAUAACGUGAAAUCUAAAAAAAGAGCAUUGUAGCAGAUGCAUUAAAGCUCAGUAGGAUAUUUUUAUUUAUUGGCAGAUGUUAAAGAAUCAAUUUCUUUCUCCAGAUAAUAUCUUUAGGGAGGUAUUGAAUAAACACACUGUUGUUAAAACCAUUGGGAGUUUAUACCAGUGACAUAAAUGUAAACUCACGUUAAAGCUGACAUUCGAUAUAAGGGCAGGAUUGUUUUGAGUGUAUUUUUGACAAAAGCCAGAUCUUACAGAUGGAUAUUCUUGGUCAUUUGCAUCAAUGCUGUAGUAUUAGUAAGUUCAGUUUGAGAGUAUGUUCCAAAGUCUCCUAUAAAUACACCCUGAUUUUAUGCAAAUACAUACCUAUUUUGUGUCUCAAUUUACUCUGUAUUUGUAAAAAAAAAAGUCAGCAUAUUAAACAGAAAAACAA